AUGGCAUAUUUUGCAGCUUUUGUUAUAGUUUUUCUUGCAAUUUCAAGAUCAAGUUUGGCUUGGUUCGAUUCGGAUUGUUCAGAUGUCACUGAUGUUUUCUCAUGGUGUGAAAGUUUCGUUGAUGGAGUCGAACAAACUCCAUCGGACCAAUGUUGCAAUAGCCUCAGAAAUUUAAACACCAUUGUGAAACAAGAAGACCAAGGUGCUACAAGAAUUUACCAGUGUAUUGAAAACAUGAAAAAUACUGGAGAUCAUCCUUCAUACCAAGAAGAUCGAAUCGCCGAUCUCUAUAAUUACUGUCAAAUACACCUUAGCUUCCCUAUUUCUGAACACAUGGAUUGUUACAGUAUUAAUAAUUAG